UAAUUAGUUACUGAUAUCGCUGGUCUACUCCUCUGCUCCGACAAUUAAGGUGAAAAUUAUAUCGGAGUUUGCCAUCCAUUGAUGAUACUAUGCUCAUACUAUCCAGUCUUUUUUACAUUUCUCGAAACGAAACUGAGCAUAAUCUCACUCUAUGAGUGCAAACCUACCCCCCCGAGCGAAAACGACCCUCCAGUUAUAUCGAGCUCUUCUUCGGGAAGCAACUUAUCUUCCUGACCCAGCUGCAAGAACAUACGUGCACGAUCAAGUAGUCAAGCGCUUCCGAAAGAGGCAGUGUAUUGAAGAUGUUGAAAAGAUAUCCCACGGAUUACAGCAAUCGCGGUCCUGGCUAAGCAAGCUGCAACGCGCGAACCAUGGAGACAGUAAAGCACUGGGGCGCGUGCUCAUGGACACAUAUGGAAGGUCUGGAGCUCGGCGGCGGCAGCUUAUGGAGCGUGUCAUUAACACUAUGAAGCUCGAUGCCACAGUCGACGGAACAGAAGAAUGCCUCUACAGUGACCGAAAAUUUGCAUCUCGUGUGAGCAUCAAACCGAGCAAAAAGGGCUAUUCUUUCGCCGUCUCUAAGCGCUUCCCUCUACUCCAUGCGUUGAUGGCCAGCCCGAUGGCCAGGUCAGAUGACACCAAACCUGUGUUGUCGAAAGCCAGAAUCUUUCGAGUACCUGCAAAUAACAUUUGGGAAAAACCUAUACCUCGAAAACGAUUAAAGAACUUAGCAAGAUCCUGGGAUGCUCGAGUAUUGAGCGCGAUAUCGCUUCCGCUGCCUGCAGAAGAUUACGAACGACUACGUGACAUGGCCUCCGGCAAAGUACCAUUUGAGGGAGUCCGAACGCGUCGUCCAGGGAUAGUACCAAUUCCCCAUGACAUGAGACAAAAAGAAUUUUCUGCGCUUCUAGAAUCACAAGUGUCGCUAUUGCGACCUUCCACACAUGAUACAAUCACUCACCAACAGGACAAACCAUUCAACCCAAGCUCGCCAUCUUUCCGGUUUGUUGACCUGGCGAACGAAGAUAUGAUAAGAAAGAGUCUUUUAGAUGACGCGAUCGGAGCGCAGCGUCUAAACAAGGAUUUCAAUUGGCUGCGAAAUAAACGUAGCACCACCAUCACGCCGCGUAUGAUGCGACGACUAUGGAAAAAGGUUCUUGCAGUCUCUUGUGCUGCGAAAUGGGAUGCCGUGGCAUCUAGAUGGACUAUUGAAGGUCAUUAUGAGCCUAAAGUCUUCACAAGACCCGCGGAGCUACAACUAAUUCCGUCGAUCUCGGAUGACAUACAGGAGAACAGGAGUCCACAGCAAAACCAUAGUUCUUAGAGCUUAAACUAGAGCCUUAAUAAGUUCUGGUACCCA